AUGACAGAUGUCCUUCAGUCAGUCCAAACAUGUGCAACAGGGCACCAGCCAUGGGACCUAGUCAACACUACCAGCUGGGUGACGGAUUUUGUCCUCUUGGGCUUCCCAUCCCUCCCGCCCCUCUUCCGCCUGCUCCUGGGCUGUCUGCUGUCCGUUUGCUACACCUUCACCCUAGUGGGAAACCUUUGCAUCGUGUGGGCCGUUCUCCGGGACUCUUGCAUUGGCCGUCUGCCUAUGUACAUCCUCCUAGGGAACUUCUCCGGGCUGGAGAUGUGUUAUGUAACAACCACAGCACCACGGAUGCUAUGGGACUUGACGUCACCACCACCGGGCACCAUCUCCUUCCAUGGCUGUUUCCUCCAGUUCUACUUCUUCUUUUCUAUGGGAACCACCGAGAGCUUCUUCCUGGCCGCCAUGGCCUUGGACCGGUACUUGGCCAUCUGCCACCCACUCCGUUACCCGAUGCUCAUGUCCCAGAGGUUUUGUUGUGCGUUGGCUGCUUCUUGUUGGCUUGCCGGCUUCGUGUGGUUCCUGGCACCCAUCACGUUGAUUUCCCAGCUCCACUUCUGUGGCCCCAACGUUCUCGACCAUUUCGUCUGCGACCCGGGCCCUCUACUGUCCUUGUCCUGCACGCCGGCACCUGGCACAGAGAUGGCCUUCUACAGCCUGAGCUCCAUCGCCAUUUUUGGGCCGUUCCUCUUCAUCGUGUGCUCCUACGCUGCGGUCGUGCAGGCCGUGACUAAGCUGCCUUCCGCUGCAGGGAAGCGAAAGGCCUUCUCCACUUGCAGCUCUCACGUGGCCGUGGUGAGCCUUUUCUACGGCUCCAUCAUGGUCACCUACGUGGUCCCUGAAGCUUCGGGAGGUGGCAACAAGGUGGUGACCUUCUUCUACGCCGUGGUGACCCCUUUGCUCAACCCGCUUAUCUAUAGCUUGAGGAACAAGGAGAUGAAAGCCGCCUUAAGAAGAACUCUGGGGGGAAAAUAG